GCAUGAAGUCGAACCAUAGAGUCGAAGACGCCUAAAUAAAAUUAUUCCUGUCAGUCAGAAGAAAUACCUGUAUGUUUACCUGUCGCCAUUUUACACUUGAACAAACGCACUGCUACAAAACAGAUAUCUUGACUAAAGUGUCUAUUUAUAACGUUUAAAGUCGCUUAAUGUGUACUUGAUGUAAACUGUGAUUUGAGUAUCCAGAAACAAUUUACUGAGAGUCUGUGGAGGUGACCAGAUUCAUCAAACUGAUGUGACUGAAUGAUUCAUGGAUGAUUCACAAACAUUCAGAGAUGGAGAUGAUACCCCAGGAGUCAGAGCAGUCCAUCAGAAGAGAUCAGACUCACCUGAGAUCAGCUGUGUGUCCAUGAAGAGUGAUGCCUCUUUAAACAAUCUAAUAGGAUUUAAGUGUGUAGACACAUCACCUGAUCAGAGGUCAGUAAUAUUGUCUGGAUCAGACUCAACAGAUCAGAUCAGAGUGUCUGUGAGUGAUCAGACUAUUAAUGUUCAACAGUCCAAAGAAAGAGACUCUCAUAGUUUCAGUAAUUGUUGUCCAUUUGCUGUAUUCAGAUCAAAUCUGAGGAAGAAGUUUGAGUGUUUGUAUGAGGUAACAUCAAAUGAGAGAAACCCAAUACUACUGAAUGAGAUCUACACAGAGCUCUACAUCACAGAGAGUGAAAGUGGAGAGAUCAGUAAUGAACAUGAGGUGAGACAGAUUGAGACACAAUCCAGAAGAACAACAACAGAGGAGACACCAAUCAAAUGUAAUGACAUCUUUAAACCUUUACCUGAACAACACAAACACAUCAGAAGUGUGCUGACAAAGGGAGUCGCUGGCAUUGGAAAAACAGUCUCUGUACAGAAGUUCAUUCUGGACUGGGCUGAAGAGAAAGAGAAUCAGGACGUCCACCUCAUAUUUCCACUUCCUUUCAGAGAGAUCAAUUUGAUGAAGGACAAAACACUCAGUCUUUUAGAUCUUCUUCAUCUUUUCUUCCCAGAGACAAAAGAAAUGGAAAUCUUCAGUGAAGAAUAUAAAGUGUUGUUCAUCUUUGAUGGUUUGGAUGAGUGUCGUCUGUCUCUGGAUUUUCACAGCAGUGUGAGGUUGUGUGAUGUAAAUGAAUCAACCUCAGUGGACGUGAUGCUGACAAACCUCAUCAAGGGGAAUCUGUGUCCCUCUUCUCUCAUCUGGAUCACCUCCAGACCAGCAGCAGCUGAUCUCAUCCCCUCUGAGUGUGUUGAUCGAGUCACAGAGGUACGAGGCUUUAGUGAUCCACAGAAGGAGGAAUACUUCAGGAAGAGAAUCAGUGAUGAGAGACUAUCUGAUCAAAUCAUCUCACACAUGAAGUUAUCCAGGAGUCUCUACAUCAUGUGUCACAUCCCAGUCUUCUGCUGGAUUUCAGUCACUGUUCUAGAGAGAAUGUUGAGUGAAGCAGAGAGUCAAGAGAUCCCCAAGACUCUCACUCAAAUGUACACACACUUCCUGAUCAUUCAGACAAACAUCAAACAUCAGAAGGACUAUGAGAAGAAAGAUGAAGACAUGAUCUUCAAACUUGGGAAACUGGCUUUUGAGCAGCUUCUGAAAGGCAAUCUGAUCUUCUAUGAUGAAGACUUGAUAGAGUGUGGCAUUGAUGUAGCAGAAGCAUCAGUGUACUCGGGAUUGUGUACUCAGAUUUUCAGAGAGGAGUUUGGUUUGUAUCAGGGGAAAGUUUACUGCUUUGUUCAUCUGAGCAUCCAGGAACAUUUAGCAGCUCUUUAUGCUCACAUCUCCUUUAUAAAUGAAAACAGAAAUGUGUUUGAUCAAAGUCUUAAACCAGUUCGACUGUUUAACAUUUUGGAUAUGGUACAACAGAAGUCAACAAAAUCUGAGUUGCAUCAGCGAGCAGUAGAUGAAGCUUUACAAAGUAAGAAUGGACAUCUGGAUCUUUUUCUACGUUUUCUUCUGGGCCUUUCACUGGAUUCCAAUCAGAUUCUCUUACAGAAUCUACUAACACAGAUAAGAAGAUGCUCCUACAAGAAAGUGAAAACUGUUGAGUACAUUAAACAGAAGCUCAAUGAUAAUCUGUCUACUGAGAAAUCCAUCAAUCUGAUUCACUGUUUAAAUGAACUGGGUGAUGAUUCACUGCUGCAGGAGAUUCAACAUUAUGUGAAAUCUGAAUCAAUAGGAAAGACCAAGCUCUCCUCUUCACAGUGGGCAGCUUUAGUUUUUGUUUUGUUGACAUCUGAGCAACAUUUGGAUGAACUUAAUCUAAACACAUUUAUUGGAGAUAAAAAGAAAGCAGAUGAUGUUCUAGUGAAACUACAGCCUGUAAUUAAAGAAUCCAAAAAACUACAGUUGAGUGAUUGUUCUAUCAGACAAGAAGGUUGUGUUGCUCUGACUUCAGCUCUGAGAUCAAACCCAUCACACAUGACACAUCUGAAUCUGUCUAAGGUUAAUCUAAAAGAUUCAGGAGUGAAGCUGAUCUCUGAUGUACUGAAGAAUCCUGACUGUAAACUGAUGUCACUCAGGUUGAGUUCUUGUACAAUCACAGCUGAAGGUUGUGCUGCUCUGAGAUCUGCUUUUAUAUCAAACCCAUCACACCUGAGAGAACUGGAGCUGUCUGGAAAUAAUCUUGGAGAUUCAGGAGUGAAGCUGAUCUCUGAUGUACUGAAGAUUCCUGACUGUAAUCUGAAAAAAUUGAACUUGUUGAAUUGUCAUAUCAGAUAUGAAGGUUGUUUUGCUUUGACUUCAGCUCUGGGAUCAAACCCAUCACACCUGAGAGAUCUAAAUCUGUCUGAGAAUAAACUACGAGAUUCAGAAGUGAAGCUGAUCUCUGAUUUAUUGAAAAAUCCUGACUGUAAACUGAAGAAACUGGAGUUGUGUGAUUGUAAUAUCAGAGUUGAAGGUUGUGUUGAUCUGACUUCAGCUUUGAAAUUAAACCCAUCUCACCUGAGACAUCUAAAUCUCUCUGAUAAUAAUAAUCUUAAAGAUUCAGGGGUGAAGCUGAUCUCUGAUGUACUGAAGGAUUCUGACUGUAAACUAAAGAUAUUGAAGUUGAGUUCUUGUAAUAUCACAGAGGAAGGAUGUGGUGCUCUGACUUCAGCUCUGACAUCAAACCCAUCACACCUGAGAGAACUGAAUCUGACUAAUAAUAAACUAAGAGAUUCAGGAGUGAAGCUGAUCUCUGAUGUACUGAAGAAUCCUGACUGUAAACUGAAGAUACUGAAGUUGUGUGCUUGUAAUAUCACAGCUGAAGGUGGUGAUGCUCUUUCUUCAGCUAUGAAAUCAAGCCCAUUACACCUGACACAUCUGAAUCUGUCUAAUAAUGAAUUUAGAGAUUUAGGAGUGAAUUUGCUAUCUGAUGUACUGAAGAAUCCUGACUGUAAACUGAAGAUACUGAACUUGAGUCACUGUAAUAUCCCAGGUGAAGGACGUACUGUUCUGGAAUCAGCAAUGAGAUCAAACCCAUCACACCUUGCACAUCUGGACCUCAGAGGAAAUAAACUGAAUUAAUACUGUAAAGCUACUUUCUGAUGUAUAGUAUGAUAGUACAGGGUUUCCCAAACUGGAGCUCACGAUGAUCAAUGUUAUAUACUGUUCUUCAUUUCUACAUUUAUUUAUGUGAUAAAUUUAUUGUUGUGUUCUGCAUUUUCUUGCAUUUGCAUAAAUAUGUUGUAUUGUACAUGUCAGUCAAUGAUGUAGCCAACCGUUCUUAAGAUGUCGGCCAGAGAUGAGCAGAUCAAAAUUUCCAUCUGUAGUUCUCCAGUCAGUAUUAUACAUUUUUAUACAAAUCUAUUGUAGUCACUUACAUUAUGUGUUAAAGGGAAACCAGGCAAGUCUGCGUAAUAUUUCUCUACGAGCUCCCCCUAUUGUCUGAAAGUAAAUGCUUUCAAACACAUUGUCGUAAAAACCAACUG